ACUUUUCACACACUAGUUUUUAAAUAGAAAAGGAAAAAAGAAAACCGAAAUUCGUCUGAAGAACGUUUGAUCACCUUUUUGUCGUUGAAUUGAAGGAACAAUGGCAUCUUCCCAACAACAACCAAAGCCUUCAAAUAGCAAUCCAAUUGGACAUGAUAACGAUAUCCAAUCCAUCAUGGAAUACAGAAUGCAACAAAUGCACCUUGGAAAUGAAGGCAAACCUAAAGAGUAUCAUCAGCUAGACCGACCACCCGGUGCCAUUGAGACGUUAAUACGUGACGCACAUAUGUGUGGGCCAACAAAGACGACGAACUCGACGGCGGCGGCGGCAACGACGAUGAUGCCACCACCAACAAAACAACAACAAGUACCAAAUGAAUCAUACAAAAUCUACGAGCGAAACAAUAUAAUUGCUGCAUCCAAGUACGCCACACCGAGGUCCAUAGAGCAGCUUGCCUUGAACAAUGAGAAUCAUUACGAGCUCAAGCAGCAUCAGCACCAGCAACAACAGCAACAUCAACAACACUCACCUGUUUAUGAAAAUUUGGACUUUUAUUCGGGGGCACAGUUCGAUUCUAGCAACACCAGAGCACAACCACAAUCACCACAAAACAACUAUGGCAUGAACAGCCACAGCAACCGGGUGCAAUAUUUGCCUAUGCAGGGAGCAAUAAACUCAAGAUAUGCUCACACACCGAUUCCUGACGUUGAUCCAACUCCAAUCUACGAAAAUGUCAUACCCCAUUCUGGUCAAAGGGCACAACCUCAAGCAUCCCCAGCUACUGCAACUAUUUACCAAUUGGUUGAAAUGCAGCAACAACAUUCACCUCAUCACUCACUCGAUUCGCCCAAUGCCCUACUCAGUCAGUGUAGCAGCAGUGAAGGUGGGGGUGGUGCAAGUUCAUUGGCCGGUCCUCAACAUCGACGUAGUAUUUCGAAUACUUCAUUGAAAACAAACGCAGCCACUGUGAAUGCCUCGCCGAAUCAACGCUAUCGCAAUCUUUCGCUACCAAGUCAUCUAAUGUCGCCCAAUCAAACGCAACAAAACAAUAAAGUUCCUGAUUAUAGGGCCCAGAAUAUUAAAUUGAAUCAAAUUCCUCAGUCACCAAUGCAUCACAUUCCAAAUAGAUUAAUUUCAUCGCCCAAACCAUUAGCACCAGGUCAAAUGGGAAUCAAUAUUUCUUUGAAUCCAAACUACAUUGAGGACAUAAACAGUUCGGAUUAUGUCUGCAUGACUGCUAACUUAAAUAGAAAACCUCCCCCACCAGCUCCACAAAUUGAAAAAUCAUCAAAUACCAUUCAACCAAAGGAUACUAAACAACAACAACAACAACAACAUCAACAGCAGCAACAACAACUACCACAUCAACAACAAACCGCAAUGGCAAUGGCAAUGGGCGUUGGUGUUGGUGUGGGUGUGGGUGGAGUUGUGGAACGAGCAAAUAGUGCAGCUGGAAUGAGGUCACCAUCUUUGCCACCAACAGCUACCUCUCCCACACCUUCACAAGGAAGCACAGGGCUAUCAAAGAACCUAUUGCCGUAUAGUGUAACACCGCCACGCCCUGCUGGCCCAACUGAAGCUCAAAGAAAAAUCGAAGAAUUAACACGUCAACUUGAGGAGGAAAUUGAAUUGAGUGAGGAGCAUGGAGAGUAUUUUGGAAUUUGCCAUACUUGUGGCGAUAAAGUUAAAGGUGCAGGCCAGGCAUGUCAGGCAAUGGGAAAUUUAUACCAUACUAAUUGUUUUAUUUGUUGCUCCUGUGGUCGGGCUUUGCGUGGAAAGGCGUUUUACAAUGUCCACGGAAGGGUCUAUUGUGAAGAAGAUUAUAUGAAUUGUCUUGACUUUCAGUACUCAGGCUUUCAACAAACUGCAGAAAAGUGUGCAAUAUGCGGUCAUCUUAUCAUGGAAAUGAUACUUCAAGCUAUGGGAAAAUCCUAUCAUCCUGGAUGUUUCCGUUGUUGUAUUUGCAACGAAUGCUUGGACGGGGUUCCGUUUACAGUUGAUGUAGACCACAAGAUCUAUUGUGUUAAUGAUUAUCAUAGAAUGUUUGCUCCCAAGUGUGCUAGCUGUGGAAAGGGUAUCACACCUGUUGAAGGAACUGAUGAAACAGUUCGUGUUGUUUCCAUGGACAAAGACUUCCACGUUGAUUGUUAUAUAUGCGAAGAAUGUGGAAUGCAAUUGACUGAUGAACCCGAUAAGCGGUGUUAUCCGCUGGACGGAAGAUUACUUUGCCGAGCAUGUCAUCUUCAAAGAUUGGCCUUGCAAGCAUCGCCUCAUGCCAGGCACACAGAACCGGUGUGUGCUUCCUAUCAGUAUAUGGGUUAAGAUAAAUAGAAGAAUCGAAGAAUCAAAAAACUUCGUGUACUUAUAAAUGUAUUUCAGAAGCCAAUGCGACAAAAACAAAAACUAAAAGGCUUAAAGUUUUAUGGUUUAUUUAUUUAUACUUUUAGUUUUGUAAGUUUUAAUUUUUUAUUUUUUGUUGUAAUUAUGAAAAAAGACAGAUAAAAUUAAGAAUACAAAUGUGUACUUUUGUUAAGCUUUAACUGGUGUCGUUUAAAGACCUACUGCAUUUAAACUAAAAAUAUGAAUGAAAUAUUUUAACAUUUAUAGUACGUAUAUUGAUUGAAUUUGAAAAGAUGAAACAAAUUCUAGACUUUUAUAAACAAAUGAAAAAAUACGCGCACAUUCAUAGCUUUUAAACAUGAAACUUAGAUAUUUAUCAAGUAAAUUUUAGGAACAUUUAUACAAUACUUACAUAUAUAUAUAUAUUAUUUAUAUUUAAACAAAAAAGUAGAAAUUUAUACUUUUUACAAUUAAAUAUUAAAAUCGUAUUCAAAAUAAUAAUUAUUCACUUAUAUGUAACUUAACUCCGUGAAUGCAUAUACAAAAAUAGAAUUUAUCAAGUUCCCUUUAAAUGAUUAUAUAUACGAAUACGAGUACAUAAAUGUAACUCAUGAAAAUUGUGAGCAGUUGCUCUGAAAUAAGGACGUUCCAAUUAUAUUUAAAUGGGUCAACUAAAUACAUACAUAUAUAUACUGAA